AACAGCGGGAUCAUUCCCCCACUUAUACAGGUCUCCCCGCUGAUGCCCCUGGGAACCCAAUGGAGGGAAGGUUGGCGUAGGAGGAUGAAGGUUUCGCUGUAACACAGGCACCAUCUCUCCGAAGUAGGCUCAGGGCAGCUCCUGCCAAGAGGGAAGAUUCCCUUUGCCAAGGACACGCGGGGCCUUGCUCUCCCCUCCCCGCCGCCCCUCACUGACGCUCUGGGAUCUCGCCCUGCAGCACAGAUGCCCUGCCCAUUGCUCAUCCUGGGCCUGCUGGUGCUCGCUCCAGCCGGCUCAGUGGAUAUCCGGGUCCCCGAUGACCCUGUGAUCGCCCUCUUUGGUCGGGACGCCGUCCUCCACUGCUCUUUCUUGCCUGAUGCCAGCUUCAGCCUCACCGAGCUCAGCCUCAUCUGGCAGCUGACGGACACCAAGCGGUUGGUGCACAGCUUUGCCAGCGGGCAGGACCAGCUGGCUGACCAGGGCAGCGGCUAUGUCAACCGCACGGCCCUCUUCUACGAGGAGCUGCCCCGGGGCAAUGUCUCGUUGCUGCUGCGGCGGGUGCAGAUCUCCGAUGAGGGCAGCUUCACCUGCUUUGUCCGGGUCCAUAGCUACAGCAGCGCGGCGGUGACGCUGCAGGUGGCCGCUUUGUAUUCUAAGCCCAACUUGAACCUGGAGCCCAGCAAGAAUCUGAAGCCAGGGGACCUGGUGAUGGUGACCUGCCACACCUUCCGCGGCUACCCUGCGGCUACGGUGCUCUGGCAGGAUGGCCAGGGCAACAACAUCACGGAGAACGUCACCACCUCCCAGGUGGCCAAUGAGGAAGGGCUCUUUGAUGUGCAGAGCAUCCUCCGUGUGGUGCUGGAGCCCAACAGCACCUACUCCUGCCUGGUGCGGAACCCCGUGCUGCAGCAGGAGACCCACGCCUCCGUUACCAUCACUGGCCAGCACCUCAGCUUCCCUGCCGUGGCUCUCUGGGUGACUGUGGGACUCGCUAUCUGCAUCUUGGGGCUGCUGGGUGCCCUGGCUUACGUGUGCCGGAAGAAAAUUCGCCAGAGCUGCAAGGAAGAGGAAGAGAAUGCAGGGAUGGAGGAGCAGAGUGAGGAUGGUGGAGAACCCAAGACAGCUUUGCAGCCUCUGAAGAGCACAGAGAACAAAGAAGGCAACGAACAAGAAAUUGACUGACAGGAAGUGGAGGAGACGCACAAACGAUGCCCCAUGCCACAGACUAGCAGACUGUCCUCUCGGACCAUUGUAGCCUCCUGGGGGAUGUCCUAUAGGAGACACUGAACAUCCCAUCCCCUGUGUCACCAUUGCUGCAUACCCUGGCCAUGAAGGACAGCAGCUUCAGCCUGUUUGCUCUGUUUGCUUCACCGUAACCAUCUUCCCCCUCCCCUCCCCCCCACACACAGGGUAGAUGCAAUUGUGUCGCUAUGUAGGGCUCGCUUCCUCACGGGGCUGGAUACACUUUAUUCCCAGGAGUCCUUCUCUUCCUGGCCCGUGCAGCCCAAAGGGGCCUGAUUCUCCAUUGUCCUGCACCUUUGGUGCUCAUUUCCACCAAUGCAAAGUGGGUGCAUAGUGCUCCCAAUGGUGACCAUUUGCACUCACACUACCCCGGUGGAAAUGACUGUAUAAGAUGCAGGGCAGUGGAGAGUUGGGCCUAGGAGGUGAAGGGCUCUUUCCUGUAAGGUGAUUAACUUAGAGAUCAAUGGGGUUACUCCUGCACUUAGUUAAGCAGGUGCUAACGUGCUCUGCUGGAUGGGUUGGAGGGCUUGGUCCCUUGUGAGAAUGAACCCUCCCUGCACAGGAAGUGCAGCCAGCAGGAUCUGAGCAGCUAGGAGGGAUGCAAUGGGGACGCUUGCCAAACAAGUGUGUGGACAGAUGAGGUGGGUGGUGAACUCCCCCACCCUCCCGCAAUUUUAUCGAUGGUUAAGGGGAUGUUUGCUUAUCAGUGCCCUAUUACAGCACCAGCUCUUGGUGUCUUGGCCCUUAUAGCAUGUGACUAACACCAGAGCUGGCCGUACGGCUCCAUGGAUGUCCCUCCUCCCCACUCCCAGCCAUCCUUCCCCCGCUCUCACCACAGAUCAGGCUCCAGCUUAUUCCCACACCCCAAAUUCAGCUUCUAAAGGGGGUGGGGAGGGGAUGGGACCAGGUGUCUGUCUUUCAGAAGAUCCAAAGGCAGAGGCUCUGAGUGUCCUUGUGCCCUCCUGUCUGCCUUUCCUCUCCUGCACCUGGUGCCUGAGACCCAACCACAACCGUUCUUUAGGGGAGCCUGCUGAUCGUUGGACUAUCCUCCCCUCAAGAUGCCUUCAUGGACAAGGUUCAACAACCUCCAAGCAGCAGGGCUGUGGAGGUGGACAAUGGGCCCAAGAAGGUCUUUGAAGCUCUUGGAGAUGGACAGUGGGUCCAGGUGGCUGUAGAGAUGGAAAAUGGCCUAGUGCGGUUAUAGAGGCUCUGUGGGGAUGGAGCUCAUAGACUUGAGUGGAAGUGGUCCCUGGUCUUGGUCCUGGUUAUGGCAGAGGCACAGCUCCAAAGGGCAUCUUGUUGUUAUCUUUAACGUUGUACCACUGUCACCAGCAUGUCUUUUGCCAUAAGCCCCUGGAGCCAGAGCUGUCCCUGGCUUAAUUCCAUUGAGGUUAGUGGGGUUACCCCCGGGGUGGGUUUGGCCCAGAAGAUUUUGUUGAGGCAGGAGAGGGAGAGGAAACUUCAUAGAUCUCACCCCCCUGCCCUUGCCUUGCUUUAUCAAAGGAGUCAGGAAGUAUCUGUAACUGGAUGUUGCGCCUGCUUGGGCCAAGGGUGAGGAGGGAAACUUGCAGGUCAGAUGUGACCCUCAACUACUAACUCCCAAGCUGCUUGCAUCCUUGCUGGAGAAGGGGAUGGGCAUGAGCGGAGGCAGAGAUGGAUUCUCCCAUCGUUUUUGCAUCCCUGGUUGGGAAGGAUGAUCCACAAUUUUCUGCAGCAAAGCUAUCCCCAUUUCCUGCUCUAUCCAUCAGAAAGCCUCCCCUGCAGCCUGGUUCCAGGGCCAGUGAGGUCAAGGGUGCCACCUCAGCUGCUUGCAAAGAGCACUGUGAAGUUAAAUGGGAGUUCCCCCCCAUGGUUGUCGCUCUCACACACUGGCCGGUCUGUUCCUGGGCAUCUGGUGGCCAUUUUGAAGCCAAGGUUUCCCAUGAGCGGAUGCCUCUAAAGUAUGUGUUUGGGGUCAUCAACUCUGAGGUGAAUGGAAAAUACCUGCCUGAGCAGCAUGGAACCUGCCAGUGACCCUAAGCUUUUCCUGCCAGAAAGCUAGAGGCAAGGGGAAACUAGGCUGCGAGAAUCUAAUGGGCCAUGGAGGCCCACCUGCCUUCUCAGCCCCACCCAUGGUUCAUCUAAAUCACUGGGCUUCUCAGCUAUGUCAGUGGGUGUGUGGGUGUGAUUAACUUCAUUGGGGAUGCCCUCAUGUAUCCCAGCUGAAGAGCUGAGGGGCUAUUAUAGGUGGUGGGGGAGCACCUCCUAUCGUUAAGAUUUGCUGACACCUCCCUAUAUAAGACCCUGCUUUCAGUUGCUUUAUAACUUUGCCAAGCUUUAGCCGUUUGGAUGGAGAUUUUCCAUGCCAGAGGUCUGCCUCAGGCUGAAUGCGUUUGGCAAAUUUCAGUCAGAAUGGCUUGGCUGUUUCUGAGAAUGAGGCUAAGGGAAAGUACAUUGUUUAGUCCAUGUUAAAAACAAUUUGGGCCCCCUUUUCUUUGAGCAGCUUUAGCGCCCCCGUGCUUGGGAAGGGGGACUUGAAAUUUGGUAGGGGCAUGGCCUCUGUGUCAGGGAUGUGCCUGUUGCCACCCCGGUGAAAAUCUGUCCACAUUUGGUCAAGUUUCUUUUUAAAAUUGCAGUUUGCAUGUACCCAGAGACUUCAGUUUUGCCAGCUAAAUCUCUGAUGAUUCCAUCCUCACUGAGCAUGCUCGAGGCUCUCUCAGCUCCUAGUGCUGGCCAGACUGCGUGUGCCAUCCCCAGAGAGCAGCUGUGCAUGCUGCUGCUAGACUAGGGCUGCUGGGACAAAGCUGGACUUGCCCUGUGAGUGCUGCUCUAGGCCAGGUGUGGUGGGGCAGAGAGGCUGUCUCUCGUGCUCUCAGGAUCCAGGCACUUUGGCAGAGGAAGCUGUCUGAUGUGGUGCAGAGGGGACAAAAGCUGGAUUGGGGCAAGGGAAGGAGUAAAUUGGUGACAUGGAAUCUAGCAAACCUGGGUCUGCAGGAGGAAGGGAUGCUGGGACCAACUGGGUGACAGGACUGGGAACCAGGGAGAGAAAUGGGACAGGACUGGGAGCCAGUUGGUGGGGAGGGGGGAGACUGGCACUGGCUGGACAAUGAGGCUGGGAUUAGGGACCAGUGAGGGAAGGGCAAAGGGAGCAGGGGGAGGGGGACAGCUGAAAAGGAGCUGGUAUGUGGGAGAAUUGGGACUGCUUGGGCAAAGAGAUGGGGCAAGGAGCCAGAGAGGGGGGAGAUUGGGGCAAGAAGGGUGGGAGGGGGAGACUGAAUUUAAAUGAGCAGCCCCGGGAGGGAGAUUAGGAGUGGAAGCCUAUGGGGAUGGGAAGCAGAGGGAGCUCAGAUGUGGAGCUGGGAGAGGGAACUGGCUGGGAGAGGAGUUGGGGCAAGAUGGGGAGAAUUGUGACUGGGUGUGAGUGAGACUGGGAGUCGGGGGGAGAGUUUGGGAUUUGGAAAGUGGGGGCCAGGGAUACUAGUGCAGGCUGGGCAAGGAGAUGGGCUGGGAUGAGAAGCCUGAGCAGUAGAGGCGACUGGGUAGCUAGGAGAAUGGGACUGGAACAAGUAGCCAGGGCUGGGGAAGCGACAGAGACAGGAAUAGCUUGGUGGUGGUAGGGGAGAAGGGGUCAAGCUUGGGAGCAAUGAUGGGAAGAGUCUGUGGCCACUAGAGCACACGCCCCUCUUGAGCCUGGAUUGGAACCCAAGAUUACUGAAAGAAGAACAGGAGUACUUGUGGCACCUUAGAGACUAACAAGAUUACUGAGGCUCAUUCCUCUGCCGUCAGCAAGCAUCUGGCAAAGUGUGGGCCUCAUCCCCCUCUGAGCCAUAUAGAGGAUGACAACCCACUACUGCUGCCAGUUAUUCUAUGAGCUCCCAUGGCAGAGGUCUGUGCGGUGAAUCUAACAGUUCCAGCCCUGCUGAUAAUGCAUGUAGGUGUCAAUAUGCCACAGAGAGGAAUUCCUGAUCUUUCAGGUUUGUUUUUUUUUAAACCUCGGCAAAUAUGUGACCCCCUUGUGCAUGUGUAUUAUGGUACAGUGUUUAAUGACAUGGUCACAUACUGUUGUUUGCACAGGAUCCCUUCCUGGUUCAGUGCACUGGCUGGACCUGUUCUAGGAAUGAAUCAGGGUUGUGCAGUGAAGGAGGCUGGAAUUAGCAGGACCCUGUCUCUUUUGUUGCAGAGGUUAGAAGAUGUCUAGUGAAUGAGGAAGGGGGCUUCAAGAAGAGAAAGGCAUGGGUCUCAUGGGAAAGGCCGUUGAAUGCUGCCCUGGACAAUUAGAUUCUAUUCCUGCCUCUUGAGGCCGAGUUCCUGUGCGAUGCUGGGCAAAUCAAACCAAUUGUUAACAGGUGGCCACUGAUUGUGUGUUCCUCAUUUUGGGGAUGCCUGACUGGAGACCCUGGGCGGAAGUGCUGAGCACGCCCUGCUGCAGCUGGUCAGUGAGAGCUGUGAUUGAAUAUAGAAAGUGCUAUAUAAUGCUUAUCAGGCCCUAGGUGCCUCGUAUUGGGCACCAAAAUUAGUAGAUACUUUUGACCUUAAUCUCUCUGUGCCUCAGCUGUCCACCUGUAAAAUGUGGAUAAUACUUCCUCAUCUCUCCGGGUUGCUGGGGAUGGGGGAUUCAUUAAUUUUGGUGAAGCACUUCGCUACUCUAAUGAUGAGUGCAGGAGAAAAGCCCAUGGGGAAAUGAAUAAUUCUGUCUCAGAGCAGGGUUUGAAUAGUGGGCAGUAGGUGGGGCGAGGGGCCUCACAUGGAACAAUGAGGCCAAAACAAAAUAUUGACUAGCUGCUCAUUAAGGGAACACCAUCCACCCUGUGCCAUGAUGGAAAAAACAGUAUGAGAUUGUGUAAUUAAAGACUUUGUCAUAUUGCAUAUGCACCAGGGACCAAAUUUAGAUUGCUAAGGCAGCCUUAAUUUUGGCAUUUCCUAACUUUUGAUCGCUUGACUUUGCAAUCUAAAUAGUUUCCUUUUAAUGUAGCUUUUGUGUGUAACAAAGACCUGUGCAGGCCACUAAAUGUUUGUGAGUUAAGGGGCCCAAGACAGAAUGUUCCGGGCCAUAAAAGGAGCAGAGUCAUUUAAGCUGUGCUCACAGCACCAGUGGAAACAUAAAGGGGCAGACCAAAGUCAGGGAGGUGCCAGCAUUGUCCGGCCAGCCUGCCUUAUGCAUAGUUUCUGAUCCCUGGCUGCCUUUUUCACCCUCCAUCCGUGCUUCUCGAACUCAAGCCCCACUGUGCUGCAUUCAGACAUCCUCAGCACUCGUCUCUGGCUCCACUCAGGCAGGGAGAUACCAUUGGGCUAGAAUCAAGGUCUGGUUUGGUAUUUUUUAAUUAUUUAAAUUCCAGAAUCUGGAGUAUUUUGUGCCUUGACACUUACAUUUGGGGGGAAAUAAAUGCUUGGUUCUUUUUGACAAA